AUGUCUGUUCAAGUUACAUAUGAUGCAGAUUGUGACCAGAACUUUCGUCGUCUUUAUCACAACCAAUUCCAGCAAUGGGUGAACGCGAACCACCGAUUCACAAUUCAUGAUGGGACUAUCGUUGAUUUCGAUCAAGCACAUGUUCUCAACGGCCUUCAUCCCACUAAAAGCACCCAUGACCCUAACCCGGCGCCGCAUGUUACUGUUCGCCUAUCGACGCCGUCUUUACGGAGCCAACGGAUGUGGUACAUUCUUCACUGGCGAGUCAGCGAUGGCUCGGUUCUUCUGCCUCAGCCAGAUAAUGAGGAAUCAAACAGACGAAGGCAGAUGAGGAGAAGGGAAAAGAAGCAGCGGAGGCAGGAAAGAGAUAGGAACAUUCGGGAGAGCCGGGAAGGUAUCAGUGCCGAAGGCCGUAGUUCUGGUGCAGGAGACUCUUCCCGUGGACCUGUCCCUCCUCGUGGAACCGGUCCUCCUCGCGGAAAUGAUCCCACCCGCGGGGGUGGUCAUACUUGA